GCCGGAAGCGCCUGUCAAAGUGCGGCGGAGCCGGCUCGGCGUGGGUUACCCGCACAGCGGCCCGGUGCGAGCUGCACUCCAACCGCUCUUUCCGUGACUCCUUUACUUGAAGGGACCUGGCCUGCGCUCCAUGAACAGCCGGUGCCUGCAGAAUGCCCCACAAGAUUGGAUUUGUGGUCGUCAGCUCAUCUGGACAUGAGGACGGCUUCAGUGCCCGGGAGCUCAUGAUCCACGCACCCACUGUCAGCGGGUGGCGGUCCCCCAGGUUCUGCCAGUUUCCACAAGAAAUCGUUCUUCAGAUGGUGGAGCGGUGUCGCGUAAGGAAGCUGCAGCUGCUCGCUCACCAGUACAUGAUCCCCAGCAAGGUCGAGUUCUACGUCAGCGAGAGCCUGCCUGAGUAUCUCGUGCCCUAUCAAGCAGAGCGCUUCCGAAGGCUGGGCUACGUCUCCCUCUGCGACAACGAGAAGACGGGGUGCAAAGCCCGGGAGCUGAAAUCCGUGCACGUGGACGCGGUGGGCCGGUUCCUCAAGCUGAUUUUCCACCAGAACCACGUCAACAAAUACAACGUGUACAACCAGGUGGCUUUGGUCGCAGUAAACAUCAUUGGAGACCCUGUGGAUUUCGGUGAUGAGAGGAAUAUUACCUCUAGGGAGAAGCUCAUCGACCAUUACCUCGGGCACAACACAGAGGACCCAGCCCUCGAAGGAACCUACGCCGGGAGAUCGGACUACAUUUCGCCACUGGAUGACUUGGCCUUCGACAUGUACCAGGAUCCAGAAGUCGCGCAGAUUAUCCGCAAGUUAGAUGAGAGAAAACGGGAGGCCGUCCAGAAGGAGCGCUACGACUGCGCCAAGAAGCUGAAGCAGGCCAUCGCCGACCUGCAGAAGGUUGGUGAGCGUCUCGGGAGGUACGAGGUGGAGAAACGCUGUGCCGUGGAGAAGGAGGACUACGACCUGGCCAAGGAGAAGAAGCGGCAGAUGCAGCAGUACCGCGCCGAGGUGUACGAGCAGCUGCAGCUGCACAGCCUGCUGGACGCCGAGCAGAUGCGAAGACCCUUGGAUUUGCCUGUCCAGCCCCUCGUUCGUUCUGGCAGUCCACGCCACCAAAGGCUGGUGCCCUCGCUGCCCCAGCCAGAGGAGAGGGUGAUGGAAAACCGGCCUGCAGAGCCUUUCCUCCAGGAGAAGCCCGCCUACUCUCCCCCCGUCUCUCCACGGCAUUCUGCCGUGGACCAGUUCCUGCCGGCCACAGGGCCUCCUGCCAAGAGCGCUGCGGAGGCCCUGCCCUAUGAUGAGCGGCCGCUGCCCGCCGCGCGCAGGCAGCAGGGGGACGCGCUGGUGCAGCCAGAGACGAGUGACGCCAACGGCAGUGAGGACGCUCGGAGGGCGGGCGUUCCCGGGGAGCCGGAGCCCCUGACAGAGAAGGCCUUGCGGGAAGCUGGCGCUGCCAUCGACGUGCUGGGAGACACCUUGGUGGCCGGGGCCUACUCCAAGACGUGGUCCUACCGAGAAGACGCGCUGCUCGCUCUCUACAAAAAAAUGACGGAAAUGCCAGCCGGGACCCCAAAGGAAGACCUAAAGAGCACGCUGAGGGCGGCUGUCUUUCUCAUCCGAAGAGCCAUAAAGGACAUCGUGACCUCCGUCUUUCAGGCUUCCCUGAAGCUACUGAAGAUGAUCAUCACGCAGUACGUCCCUAAACACAGGCUGGGCAAACCGGAGACCGCGCACUGCGUCGAAAGGACGGUCCCUGUCCUGCUUGCCAGAACCGGCGAUUCUUCCGCCCGCCUCCGAGUCCUAGCUGCCAACUUCAUUCAGGAAAUGGCCUUGUUCAAGGAGGUUAAAUCUCUCCAAAUUAUUCCGUCUUACUUGGUACAACCACUGAAAGCCAACUCCUCGCCUCACCUGGCCAUGAGUCAGAUGGACCUGCUGGGCCGGCUGCUGCGAGACCUGGGCACCGAGGGCUCGGGCUUCACAGUGGAUGGUGUGAUGAAGUUUUCCGUGAGCGCCCUGGAGCACAGGGUGUACGAGGUCCGUGAGGCGGCGGUGAGGGUCAUCUUGGAGCUGUACCGGCAGCACCCGGCCUCCGUCCUGGAGUACCUCCCCGCCGAGGACAGCAGCGCGCGCAGGAACGUCCUGUACAGGACCCUGUUUGAGGGCUUCUCCAGAAUCGACGGCAGGCCCACGGGGGCUGACGUGCAGGCACAGAGAAAGGCAGCUGCCGAGGCCACAGAAAGACGGAAGCCAGAGGAGACCAAGGCUCUGCAGGGGCAGCUGGCGGCCCUGAAGGGAAUUCAGGCGGAAGCGCAGGAGAAAGAGGGCACUGCUGCCGCCACGGAGAAGCCAUGGCCACAGGACACCCAGGCGAGGCGGGCAGCCCUGGAGGCUGCAGAGGAGCACUACUUGGACAACUUGUGCAUCUUCUGCGGGGAGCGCAGCGACGCGUUCACCGAGGAGGGCCUGGACCUGCACUACUGGAAGCGCUGCCCGAUGCUCACGCGAUGUGACCACUGCAGACAGGUGGUGGAGGUAUCCAGCCUGACGGAGCACCUGCUGACGGAGUGUGACAAAAAGGACGACUUUGGCAAGUGCUACCGCUGCUGCGAGGCGGUUUCCAAGGAGGAGCUGCCCAGACACAUCAAGGCGAAGGACUGCCACCCCGCCAGGUCAGAGAAGCUGGCAAACCGGUGUCCUCUGUGCCAUGAGAAUUUCACGCCUGGAGAAGAGGCGUGGAAAGCUCACCUCAUGGGCCCUGCUGGCUGCACCAUGAACCUGCGCAAGACGCACAUUCUGCACAAGGCCCAGGCGCUGCAGCCAGGUAAAGGCUCAGCCGUGGCCAAGGCAGGGGCCCCCGGACUGAAGGCCGGAAGCAAGAUCCCCACCCCCAGGGGAGGCCUGAGUAAGGGCUCCACCAGGACACGUGCAAAGCGGUGACGCAACUCACGCUCUGUCCCGUCGCUUCCUGAUUCUAACCCUGUCCUCCAAAAACUCCCCUGGACCUGGCAACCGGGGCUCUGUCCGCACUGCCCCUGGCCCUCAGCCCCGCCUGGGCCCCGCGUGCACAGCGUCAGCUGCACGUCAGUGACGUGUGUGGAUCCGACCAAAGAACCCCGCGCAGCCUCAGGGCCCCGCCGCACCAGCCUGCACGAGUGAGGGAGGCGUCGUUCCGCGUGGGGCCAGCCAGGGACCGCUGCACAGGACGGGCACAGCAAGGGUCCUCUUGUCUGACCGCGUGGCGUGGUUUCCAUAAAAAGUCACCGCGAGCCUCACGUAGCCGGCCUCCACACUGGCUGCAGACUGGGCAGGACCUGGCUCAGCCGGGCUGCGGGCCCAGGACAGACGCCCGCCGCCUUCUCCCCGGCAGGUCUGUCUGCCGGCGGGGAGCAGGGCUCGCUCAGCUCCACGGAACUUGGGUUUCCCCUGUAACAUAAAUUAAGGUAAAAAGGAAAUCUUUAAAAAAAAAAAAAAAAAAAGCAGGGGUUACUGCGAGCUGGCCCCACCUCCACAAGCCCCACCUCCACACGCCCUACCUCCACACGCCCUACCUCCACGAGCUCCGCCUCCACGAGCCCCGCCCCGCCCCUGCAGAGUCUACUCCCAGGUGGGUCCAGGGUCUGCCCCUGCUCAGGAUGCUGCAAACUCUGCCCUAGUGGAUUCCCAAAGAGCGAGCCGUGGAGUGACCGCACACGAGCGCCCACGUCUGCUCGACCCUCAGCACAGACAGCGCCCCGGCCCGGGCCCGGGGUCGCCUGGUGCCUUCCAGAGCCUGCUGCGCGUGCAGUCGGCAUCUCCCCCAGCGCUCACUCCGAACGUGCCCGACGAUGCUGAAAGCAAACCUCAGGAAGCCGCCUCAACCACUCCGUCCUACUUCCGGGAACUUCAGCCAGACGCCUGGUCCCCUGGGACAGGGCAGGGCCUGUGUGCAGCCUACAGGGGACACUGGCCAUGUCCCCCCAGCCAGCUCCACCCCUGGCUGGGACUCACUUCCUUCCCAAGCGUCCCGCGGGGGGGUGUGGGCUUGGUGGCACUUGUGUCACACGAUGAGUGUAUAAUGUCUCCUCGAUCCCCACUGUGUGAAACACGAAGUGCAGGAACCAGCAGCAGUGUGGGUCCCGGACCUGCCGGCGAGCCCAGCGUCGGUCAGCUCACACCUUCCAGUGUGGGCGUCUCCAGCUACUAACACCUAGCAAGAGAGUAACCUUCACAAGUGCCGCCCAGCAAACUCGCGACCCCCGGGCGGGCGCGGGUGUUUGCAGAGCCAGCUGCCCACUCCCCACGCCGUCCCGGCCGCGACUCCCUCAACACUGCUCCACUCCAAAUAAAACAGCUCCGAGAAACGCAGCCGGGCCUGACUCCUUUCUCUCCGGUCAAAGCUAGAGAAGCUGUGUGACGUCGGGCGUCCCUGGUAGGGGGGAUGUUCACGAGGCUGCUUGCGUCCCAGGGAGCGGAAGCCAGACUGGGCUCCCGUGAAGCAGCGCCUGCUCCAGGGGCGGCCAGGGGCGGCCAGCGGUGGCCGCACGGAGCUUCGCUUAAUGGGGCAGCGCUCAGGAACCAGGAAUAACCGAGCCCGGAGGAGCAGGAGGCUGAGCCUGCAGCCCUGCGUGAGAACUGGGUUGUCGUCACGGAUGUGUAGUGGGCGUUUAACAUUGACUUCUGUUUCACAUUUUGAGAUAUGCUACUAAAUAACUGAAGAAAAUUGUUUCUAUAAAUUCGGCAUUAGAACACCCACGUAAGUACUUUUAAUGAAGAUUUGCAACU